UGACUACUGACUGAUGACGGAUCAUAAUUUGAAACAUUUGAAGUCGGUACCUACAAGAUAAAUGUGAUGAAUUUGUGAUGAGUGUUCUUUUUAUUUUAAAGAAUGCCCAUCCAGGCGCCACAUUGGACGGACUACCUCAAUUGUCCAGUGUGCUUCAGAGAAUAUGGCCUAUCACCACGUAGCCCAGUUAGUCUUGGCUGCGGCCACACACUAUGCGAACAUUGUCUUAAACAGCUAAAUAGAAAAUACUGUCCAUUUGAUCAGACUGUAAUUCAGGGCGACCCUGAGGAAUUUCCUGUGAACACGGCAUUAUUACAGUUGGCUGGAUAUCCACCACCCCCCAAGCCCAUUCAUCCACCAUGCAUACAAGCUUUAUCUGAGACUGAUCGCGAAGCAUAUGAUAUCAUUGUCACUUGCCUUGAACAACUUGCGGUGUACCUAAAAAUUUGUGCAAACAAUUCAGCAGGCAAUCGCCUUUCGCGACCUAUGCAAAGAAAGUUAGUGACCCUACUCCAGUGCGCUAUUACUGAUGAAGAAGGUCGUGGAAGGGCAGCGCGGGCAGCACGUUCGCUUGGGGAAAGAUCUGUUACAGAACUUAUACUACAACAUCAGAAUCCCCAACAGCUGAGUGCUAAUUUAUGGGCUGCGGUACGAGCGAGAGGAUGUCAAUUCCUAGGACCGGCAAUGCAAGAGGAAGUGUUGAAGUUAGUUUUAUUAGCCCUUGAAGAUGGAUCGCCAUUGUCACGAAAAGUUCUUGUUAUGUUCGUCGUUCAAAGACUUGAGAGAGACUUCCCCCAAGCGUCAAAAACGAGUAUAGGCCACGUGGUUCAACUUUUAUAUAGAGCAUCGUGUUUUAAGGUGUCAAAACGGGAGUGCGAUUCUUCAUUGAUGCAACUGAAAGAGGAAUUUCGGACGUACGAAACAUUACGUAGAGAACACGACGCGCAAAUUGUACAAAUAGCUACUGAAGCGGGCCUAAGGAUCGCGCCAGACCAGUGGAGUGCCUUACUAUAUGGUGAUACAUCUCACAAAUCCCACAUGCAAAGCAUAAUCGACAAGUUGCAAACGCCCCAGUCGUUUGCACAAUCUGUUCAGGAAUUAUUCAUCGCUCUCCAGAGAUCCGGAGAUCCAAGCCAAUCGGUUGUCAUGAGCUUACCUCUUGAUAGACUUGCCAAUAUCGACCCUAGUCUAGAUGCAAAUUGUCCAUCUUGGCAAGCGUUAGGAGAUAUUUUGACCGCUGUAAAAGAUGUUGUCUCAGGACUUGUUAGCUAUUUGCAACAACAGUCUACAGGAAGAGAUGCCAAUCACAAUCAAAAACAUCUUAUUCAAGAAAAGUCUGAUAUUCAUACAAACCAGCCGUCUCCUCAAGGUGGGGCAUCACCUCCUCAAAGGUUUAAAGUCUCUGCCUGCAGGGAUUCUGACCUUCGGUCAACGUGCCCUCGGGGGAAUAAUUGCACUUUUCUCCAUUUUGACGACACCGAUUUUGACAGGUUCCACGUUCAACCCCCGCUUCCUACUUAUCCGUUUCGAUACAAUAACCCUCUGCCUGUGGGACAUCCUAUAAACAAUGGAAGCCAUCCCCACUUCAUUACCGCCCAGCCAAUGUUUGCUCCCAACGCAGCACGUUCUCCGCCAUUUCCAGUGGGUAACCAAAGACAAUUUCCUCCUACCAUGCAACCAAAUACAUCUCAGGGAGGCGUACUUUUGCGUCAUCCGGACCCAUUAUACCAGUCCCGAAAUGUGCUUGGUAUGCAACCGUCUGCACCACUGAUGCGUACACCAGAGAGAGAUGACCGCAUACGCGACGGCAGUGGGGAACAGUGUCUUAAUCCACAACUAGCUCAGAGGAAUAACAGGGAAAGGGCAAUGGGCCGAGAGAAUCCCAUGGGUGCACCAUUUACAGUUCCCGGAACGGGGAAUCAGGCGCCGGGUACAUAUACCGGUCUUGGUAUUGGAGAUGUCUUUGUUUCUGACUCGUCUGGAUACGGCGGAGGCAUCCUUAUCAAUCCGAUUGCGAUCAAUCCCAACAAUCUACUGAUGCCCGUGCCAGACAGACCCUAUUAUGGGAGCUACCCAGGUCUGCUUACGGUCGUCACUGACGAAACCCCAAAUUUCUACGAAGGCCCAGAAGCCAUGAACUUUCCCCAAUAUCAAGUUCCCGUGUCGACUGCACCAAUAAGCGAGUAUUCCUACAUACCAGUGUCCCAGGAAUCAAUAUAUUCUUACGAUACUAAUCUUGACAAUUAUCCGGUUGGACAUGGGCAAACCUCGCUUGGACAUGGGCAAGCCCCUCUUGGACAUGGGCAAGCCCCUCUUGGACAUGGGCAAGCCCCGCUGGGACAUGGGCAAGCCCCGCUGGGACAUGGGCAAGCCUCGCUUGCCCAAGGACAAACUUCGGGUAGACAUGCGCCAACCUCGGUUGGACCGGCACAGGACUAUCAAGCGCCACACGAUUCUAACUAUCCUUUUAAUAACAUGACAAUCCCAACAGACUACCGCGACCCACCAGGCUUCCCGCCAAGGUCUCGUGAACGCUGUGCUGAUUCUCAGUGGCUCCGGUCAUCGGCUUUUGAGUUCGACGAGCCCGUAUUACCGUGGCGAAGCCCCCCAGUUGACACUGCGAAUCCGCACCCAGAUCCAAUGAUGGCCAGGAACAGGCGAGCUGUGGGCGCCGAUAGAACCGUUCAGGUACCGGAAAGACCUUCUGCUCCACACUUCAAUCCGACAAACGAAUCUGACGAGCACAAGUUGGAGGAGGAAUUGAUGGCCCUGGAACGUCGUAUGGAUACAGAGUUUAAAAUAUUUUAAACGUUUCACAAGUGCAAUGCAUUAUUUCGUUUCAAUCUUGUAGUUAAGUUUUGCAUUUUUUAAAGUUCAUCUUUUUUCUAUUUUGUUUAUUUUUAUAGUUUUAUUUAUACUCUAUCCUACAUAGAAAAACUUAUGUUACCUAAUUAUUAUGCGCCCUCUUGAGAUUAACUGUAAAACUGGUGUGUAUCAGGUUUGUCACCCACUAUUCCACGAAAUUUGUAUUAAUUAAGAAUAUUAAUACUUAGAUUUAAAAAGAAAAGAAAACAUCGGCUCAAAUACAGAGUAUAAUAUUUAUGUGUAUUAAAAUAUAAAUGUAAUCAUUAAAUAGGGCUGUAAUCAGACUUAUAAUUUCUGCUAUAAUUCAGUUGUCAUAUGUCUCUAUAUAUCAAUAGAUCUCAUUUGAUCCGAGUAUAAACUAGAAGACGUGAAUUCUAUUAUGUAAUUGUAUUGUUGCGAUUCUAAAUAUUCUGUAAUGAAUCUAAAAGCCGUCCAAAUUGUUGACUUCUGGAAAAUGAAUCAUAAAUUGCGUACAAAUUCAUUUUUUCGACGUGCUCAAAAUUUGUUAUUUGUUAAUAUUAUUAAGAAAAUGUUAUGUGAUUGUCACGAUCGCUUGUUGAUUGUAAAAUUGUUUUAUCACCACAUUGUAACUUGUAAAGUUCACUUGUAUACAUUUUUUAAGUUUUUCACUUUGUGUUUCAGCGAUACGUUAAAAACGUGGAAGAGCAUUUGUUUCAAAUAAUUGCUUUUUCUUACACGCCCUAUCUAAACUUGCAUUUUGGCCUAAAUUAGUCUUCGAUUUUCUAUACUUUUACACUUUACGCAAACAAUAGCAUAUAAAAUAAAGAAAACCCUAAAUAAAGUCGUCAUUUGGCUUUUAGACAAUAUAUUAAUAGUAUCCAAAUAAUAACUGAUAUAUCAGAUGUAGGUUAAGAAAUUUGAUCACUAUUCGCGUUUAUACUUAAAAAUUAUAAACGUUGAAUAGUAUUAAAUUGUUUAUUAGUUGUUGUAAAUCGGUGUUGAUCGAAGAUGGUCGUCAAAAUAUUAUAUAUCUAUAGAUGUCAAUUUAUGUGUCUACAGUUUCAAAUAUAUACUAAAUAUGUAGAAGAAAUGGUCGUCCGUAAGAGUAGUCUUGAAAUUGAUGUUUAUUAUCUUAAAUUACAUUAUGAUUGGCGUGGUAAACCUGUUAUUCUAAUCUAUGUCAGAAGAGGGCUCGUCGAGGAACUAUGGGAGAUGGAGUAGUUUAAAAGUUUCGUAAUGCGUUCUUGGAAAAAUUGUUAAAAUCACAAAACGUAAAGGGAAAUCAUGAUGUCCGUACGUCGUGGAAAUACUUAAGGCUGGUGAUAAAUAAUAUUUUACUUAUCUACAGUGUAUAACAAAACCCCAUUAACUAGAUAUUUUAAUGACGCAGACACUGAUACAAACGGACGACGCCUAGAUAUGUAUGUUAUGGGGUUUUAGUUACACAGUGUAUGUCUAUUUAGAGGUGUAAUUAUUUAAGGCUGUAAUAUAGAUAGCUGGGAGAUUCAACGCGACGCCGCUUUGUAUAUAAUCUUGUUUUGAUACCAGUGUCGGUGAUGCGAAUUUUUUUUAUUAAAUUUGACGAAAACUAAUAUAAACUGUCAGGAAUCUUGUCAAUGAUCUCAGCUGGGUUUAUGGUUUGAUUAUCCAUAGUGCAAUAUAUAACCAUAGUGUAAUGGAUGUAUAAUUUAAGCCUCUUAGAUAUUUACUAUUGACGGUCUUGUAUAUAAGACUAGAGCUUUCUUCUAAUUCUAAAAAAUUCUACUAAUUAUAAGAAUAAUACUGACUGUCAAUUUUGUUAUUUUGCCAUUACUAUUCGUGAAUGAUUGUUAGAUAUUUUUAUAUUAAAACCGUUUAAUUCAUUGUUUCGAAUUGGUGAUGUUUGUUGGAAAAUUAUUGUUAGAUAAUUGUGAAAUACAUAAUAAGAAUAAUUUUCGGCGUCGGCUUGUAUCUUUCAGUGAUAUUUUUGUAGGGGUAAUGAGAGGUGCAAACCUCUAGAUCAUCUUUGCAUUUGUUAAAAAAUGCGUAGGAUCAUAUUGAGUUCACGUAUUUAUUUAAACUACAUAUUUAUGAGUGUCACUAGACGCUACCUACCUAGAAAAUGUUAAAAAUAAAAGAUUUUUCUAAA